AUGGCCCCCUCGCCUCUUGGUGUGCUUGUGUGUACUGGAGAAGCCGAGCGAGGUGCUGAGGGGAUGAAAUGUACCGAGUGUGGAGACAAAUGUGUCUGGUUAAUAUGGAGUUGUGAUUGUGUGACCGAAACAGAGCGGUGGGAGACAUAAAACAAAGUAUUCAGAGAUUGUGCGAUACUUCAAAAUUCUGGGAUUGUAUCUGGAUUGAAAAAAAGAGUUUCUGUUAUCGAUGACCUUCUCCCACUAGUUCGGUUCCUUGGUGAGAGGAGAGUGCUAUGACAUGCCAGAUGUCUUUGUGGCUGUCUCAAAACCGAUCUAAGUUGUACUCUAAACAGAACUUUCUAAGGAGGGGAGAAUUUGAGACAAAUUACCUCCCCCAACUUGGAACUGAACGGACAAAAUUGAAUUCAUGUGAUGGUAGAACUAUGUCUGACAAGUCUCAGAUGUCAUUGGAACUGGUGACAUUCUCGUGACCCACAUAAGCGAUUGGAUAUUGACUCUCGACCACCCAGAUAAAAAAAAAAGAUGUGAAUUGAUACCAGUGCAACUUCCCCCUCCUCUAGUCUAAGCCCGGUGAUUUGAACAUUUUGAAAGUUUUUCUCUCGUGUGUUCAUCCUAUGCAGCAUUUUGUUUUGUUCACCAAAUGUUUUGAUCCAGCCAAUGUUUUUGUAUUAUACACACCAUCAACAACCUGUGAAAAGCAAAGCUACCCUGCUCCUUCCCCCCUGAAAUCUCAUCAUUAUAUAUGCCAACAUAUUCAUUGGAAAAUUGGUUUUUGACUUAUGAAUAAGAAGUACUUUCUACUAUUGCCUGCAGCUUACAGUUUAUUGAUUGCCGUGAAGCGCUCUCUACAAAUGGUUGGCCAUUCGUCGCAUCUAGAUAUCUAGAUCUGCAUGAAAGGAGUGCACCGUUUCGUUUCUCUCUCCCCUACACUGUUGAAACAUCUGUUAUUGUUUGAUCCAUGUUAAUGUUGACAUUUACCCGAGUGACACAGAUAAAGAAGCCAUUGUGAUAUACUUAUAUUUGCUUUUUAUUUGUAUUAUUUAAUUUAUUUUUUUUUUACAAAAGAAAAAAGAAAAACUAUACCGGUGCAUGCUCAUCUUAGUGAGCCAUUAUAAAAUAUCCCUCCCAACUGGCUUGUAUUUUUUGUUUGUUUUGUAUUUGUUGGCAACUCCGGUGCAAAGAAACAAUUGUUAUCUAUUAUAUCAGUACACGAGAAGGAGUGUGAAAAAAGUUGUGUUAUAUCACUACUUACGAGAAAAGGAUCAGCGCGAGAGAUUUGUUCACGUCAUUGACGCCAGGGAAUACGUUCGGCUGAAAGCGACAACGCACAAAAUAAAAUUGAUAAGAAAUGAUGGAAAAUCUGCUGACGAGCUCAUCCUCCGUGAUUGAUACCUCCUCGGUGGCCAACACAACAGACAGGGGCUCGCCCGUCUCCGUAGCAGAGUUUGACGGUGAGACCGUCUUAUGCAGGGUGUGUGGUGAUCGGGCCAGCGGAUUUCAUUACGGAGUCCACGCGUGUGAAGGGUGCAAGGGUUUCUUCAGGCGCUCUAUUCAACAGAAGAUACAGUACAGACCUUGUCUUAGGAACCAGCAAUGUAAUAUCCAGAGAGUGAAUAGAAACAGAUGUCAAUACUGCAGAUUAAAGAAAUGCAUAUCUGUGGGCAUGUCCAGAGAUGCUGUACGAUUUGGUCGUGUCCCCAAGAAAGAAAAGGCCAGGAUCAUCGAACAGAUGCAGAGGAAAAAUUUGGCCUCUCAGACCAUCGAGCUAAACACACUACUGGCUAGUGAUCAGGACAUGGUGUCGGCUGUGGUGGCCUCGCACCGCCUCACCUGCGACAUCUCCCAGUUCAAAGCCCAGCAGAUGAGAGAUCUGGCUUUGCAUAAUCAAGAGUAUGUCACCUGUCCAGCUAACAUGGCCUGCCCGCUCAACAACGAGAUAGGCAUGGAUGCCAAUGCCAACCGUAACAAUUUGACAGACUUCUCUGAAAGUUUCACACCAGCGAUAAAGUCUGUGGUGGACUUUGCCAAAGGGAUUCCAGGCUUUGUCCUUCUUAAUCAAGAUGACCAAGUGACACUACUCAAGGCUGGUACGUUUGAGGUGUUGCUGGUGCGAUUAGCUUGCCUGUUUGAUCCUGUCUCUAACACAAUGAUGUUCACUGGCGGCAAGCUGUUCAGGAGGCAAACCUCCACGGUGACGACCAAUGUUGGCUUCUUGCUGGACUCCAUGUUUGACUUUGCUGAACGGUUCAACAGGAUGUGUCUAAAUGAUGAUGAGAUUGCUGUGUUCUCUGCUGUGGUUCUUAUGUCUCCAGAUCGUCCUGGAUUACGCAAUGUGGAGCAAGUGGAGAGAAUCCAGAACAAAUUGACAGAAGCUCUCCAAAACAUCAUCAACACCAACCACAAGGAGGAUAGUACUCUCUUUGCCAAAUUGCUCAUGAAGACAACAGAUCUCCGCACUCUCAACACACUCCAUUCAGAAAAAUCUAUCGCUGGGCAGAGGUCAAGCACUGACCCAAGAGAUCAGCUCUGUAACGAUGACCAGGACUUGGAUUCAUUGAGCACAAGGUCUGGACGUUCGUCGCCCACACUGUCGGAGAUCUCCAAUAUGACCAUGACCUCUGGUUACAGUGGCGAGUCAGACAAUAACCUAGUAAUUGGUCAGCGAAUGCCCCUUGACCCUACCGGUCACCAACAGGUUGUCCUCAAGACGCCCUAUGGGACCUUUGUUCGAGAGGAGUUCUCUGGCUUCUAUGGCAUGAUGGCGGCAGACCAGCCCCGGCGCCGGUGCAACACUCUGGACCGGGACACACUGACGCGGCCGCGGCUGCACACUAUAGAGGAGAGGAACCGUCGCAGGUACACGCUGGACAAGGACUACAUCAACAAGAUGGUCAAUAGGUUGAGUGAUCGGCUAGAAAUCAGGAACACAGCGAGAGGUGAUUCUGUUCCAGCCUCCAUCUCCAACUCUGCCACCAGCUCACCCAUCCAGGAGGAAGGCAUGUACUCUGGCUCCACUGGCUUCACACCCAUCACACCAGAUGGCACCAUGCCUCACCAGGUGGGAAACAUGACCAGGUCAAGCCCGCUUGCUGGCAGUGAUGCCAUGUUGCUUUCCAGUGUCAGGACAGAAUCAUCUCCUGGAUCUCCGACAUCAAGGUCCCGUUCUGGAUCACUGUCCAUAGAUGACUCUGCAAGCAUGCGGCCCCGCUGUUACAGCUUCCAUAUCAACAGUGAAGGAAGGGCAGCCAGGAUGCCGCCUCAUUGUCGCCCCAUGGCUGGUGAUGAGAUGUCAAUGUCACCAGACGCAAACCAGUAUCUUUCCCCAGAAAUGCGUCGCAGCAGUGUCGGUGCCACCUAUGGUCCACACAUCAAGAAGCAACCCAUGAUGGAGAAGCAUCAUUUUGCCCAGCGUGGGUUAGAUUUGGAUAAACGCCCAACUUCUUCUCAUCACAUGGUCAUUAAGCAUCUUAUAUCAGAUGUGCCUGUGUAUGGCAUGCCAUUGGCAUCUGACAUGACGUCACAGCAUCCUGGGGCGUGGCUCCAACAGCAAGGAGUGGGAUCAAUGAUGGCACCAAAGGCCCACCGCUCCAGGGAAAACCUUGUCCGGAAUCCAGAAUCGAGGUCAAGAGAUUGGGAAUUGAUUAAGCCAUUGCCACGUGACUUGGCCCACGAGAUGAACAGAGAUCUGAACAGGAACCCAGUCAAGUUACCACAGAGCAGUCCAUCUGCUGAUUUCACUGAUAUGGACAUCCAGAUGCACAGCCCUGGUGUGCCCUCUAGUAGUCCUCAGUGUAACGUCCCAUCUCCGUCUGCACAAAAUGGAUCCGUAUAUGCUGCCCGUAAAACAUCCAAUGGCAUGGACGGUGGCUUUGAUGCUUCCUGUCCUGCACCAAAGUUAUUUGGCUCCAGCCUACAGGCAAACCCUGGCUCUAAAAACACGCCAGAAAGUGGAUCACCAGUGAACGAUGAACCACCCCCUGAGACGUUCGGGCACAAAAAGUUUGACAAGUUUCGGAAAGAUAAAGUCCUGUUAGAGCCUAAGCCAGUCCUGACGACCGAUUGUAAGCUAGGCAUUAAAGAAGAGAAGAUGGAGGAGGGAGACGACUCAGACAGAAGUCGUGAAUCUUCAGAUUUGAAAGUAGAAAUGCCCGAUGUUAAGCCAGAUAGAAGGUCCCCUUAUUCGGACAGUGUGAACCAAAGUCUUUCCCAGAAUUCUUCACCUUCCCCCAACAGUGAUCGGCCCAAGCUUUCUGCGAAAGAAGCUCACCCAAAUUUGUUGGCACAUCUAAUGAAUGGAGGUGGAUCCAAGCCUCAGCCUCGUUUGAGUGCUCCUGUUCCUGGGCCUCAAGAGACGUCCAAACCAUUGACCAGUCCAAUGUAUCCAUGGUCAGGUCCAAGCCUCUCAUCAUUAGCACAUGUCUCAAGCCAGCAGUCUGGUGUACAGCAGUUUAAACUCCCUUGUUUCUCUCAGCCAGCCACAGCUGGAGGGUUCAACUGGUCAGCUGGUCAGUCCACUAGUCCAGGCUCUCAGUUAGCCUCUUACGAGUCAUCCUCCCCUGCCCCCAACUCUAGUCAGCUAGUUCAAGUCAGCAGUGCCACUUCCAUAAUGGACCAGAAGCUCACCAACACCAAGGAAGAGUUCCAUGCUGCUGCUGUGUCUCACCUGAAGGAUAAGUUACUUAGGAAGUAUGAUAGCAUGGAGAAUCUCACUAAAAUAGGCAAGGAAUCUCCAACUCCACAGAACACUUCAGCUGAUUCCCCCCAAAGGGGCAGCCUUAAUUCGCCCACAUCCUUUGCUGCCCUAUCCAGUAGUACUGCCGAUCUCAACAAAGAACUAGCCACCAAGUUGACUUUGUCUGCCUCCACAACGUCUUCGUCAUCAAUGGUGCUGCAGACUUCAUCGCCGUCAUCCUUUCAAGGGGCCAGAUGUCCCUUCUCGUCCAUGACAAUCCAGCCAAUUACUUCUGUGACUCCCUCCCAGGGCUCAGCACCUUUUACGCCAGCAGGCCACCCUGGACAGAUGUCUCAUUCAUCUGGGAAUCAAGUUCCCAGCAUCCACCAAGCUUAUCAUUCCACGUUGAGCCAACAGUACCAGAGCAUUCACCCAACACACAACCACAGCUCUGGGUCUCAUUCACCAAUGACCAGCAUGCAACACUUGACCCAGAUGUUUGGCAGAGGUCACAUGUCAGCAGAUACAGCUGAUGCCAGGCCUGGUGUAUAAAGUAACAUCCUAGAUAAAAAGGAGCGCUGCCCAGCUGGUGUCCAGUCUUAACAGACAGUGGAUGUUAUCAUAAUUCAGCCGAGUGAUUGGACAAACUUCGUGGUAUUCAUCACAACAGAUCUCAUUUCCUGUACGAGCUUUGAUGUUCAUUACAUGAGCUCUUAACGCAAACUUUUGUUUUUAAAAGUCUCCCCUCUGUAAUUCUUGUUUUAUUGUGACAUUAUUUUCAAAUCUUUUCAGUUUUACAUUAUAAUUAGAAAAUGUUCUGAAUUAGAGUUGGCAACUACUUUUUGUUAAAUACUUGUGUCUAUGUAUCUUUUCAAAAAAAAAAAAAAUCUCUUUGCUCAAAAGUAAAAAAAAAAAAAAAAAAUUUCCUUAAAUUCUUGUCACACAUUUUGUUUUCAAUCUUGGUUUGCCGGACUUGGUCUGAAGCAUUGUUUCACCCUACAACCAAACAUUUGCUUCUGACUGCUUCGGCCACUAAUAAAAAGACUUAUUUCGUCUUUUGUCCAUCACAAAAUCAUCGCAAAGACUUUUUUUAAUCCCAACUGUUGUCUACAGUGACUAUAAAUCUAAUUGUUCAAACUAUGCCAGGUUUUUGUCACAUUUUCAUGCCAUUUUUUUAACUCUUUGUACAUCUUGUUUUCAACUGUUAUUCAAUAUGGCUUAUAAAAAAAAAAAAGAUAAAUGGCUAUUAUUCUGUGACAACUGGUCAGCUUGUGAUUAUGACUGUGUCUUAGUGAUUAUGUUCUUAUGUGAACAUUGUUUACAUGAAGACGUGUAGCCUGUUCAGUUUCUGUAUUUCCCUGUAACACCACUCAAACAUGUAUAGAAACGUAUCUUCUUCAUUUCUCAUUAUUAUGCAGUUUUGAAGGAAGAGGUCGGCAUUCUCUGGUGACACUUAACAAGGGCAAAUUUCACUAGUUCCAAUUUUCAGCUUCUGGAACAUGUGUUGUCUCAUUCUGUUGUGUCCAGUUGUGGGGCGAAAAAUUAGACGUUGGUUGUGUCGCUAUAGCUUAUAAUAGGCGUCUUUCUUGUAAUUCAAAUGAGAGAUUGACAUUUCUCGUUUAUUCUAUUCACUAUUAGUUUCUUCAUUUCUUUUAAUUAAAACAAGGUACCAAAAAAAGUUUUUUUUAAUAAUAUCUCCCUUUCUCCUCUCUCCUUGUAUAUAAAGUGUUUAAAAUUUGACUGAAGGUUUGAGGCUACAUGUCAUGAGUAAGCAGUGACAAAGCAAUGAUUCCUGUACAUAUUAUAUCGUUAAUUUAUGGGUGUGUGGGGCUGGAUGUGUGUACGACUUAAUGACUUGGGUAAUUGUAUAGAAGAGGUUCACUUGAGACAGAGACACUGAAGGAAGUCUUAUUCUGUUUCUCUGCUCUAUGAUUGUAGAGGCGAGGAACCUUUGUGUGGGUGUUUGGUCACUAUAUUACAUGUGCAAAUGUGUAACAAACAGGAAGAAACCCUUAGCUUCUUUCAUAAUAUAACAGGCUUAGACCUGUCUGGCAACCUAAGUCUUACGGUGUCCAGGCUUCAGCCUAAUUAACAUUGAAUAUACUGCCAACCCUGUGCUAAUAUAUUAUUAUUAUUAUAAUUUUUUUUAAUGCAAUUGAAAUAUGUUUUGUGUGAUGAAUUGUAAUUUUUAAAUGGCAUUUUAUAUUUCUUACAGUUUCAUAUAUAAUUUCACUGAUUGCCAUACAGUGGCACUUAUCUUAUCAAGUUUUAUUUCCAUAAGUUGACUUUUUUUUUUUAGGUUCACAUCUGCUUGAAUAUUUUUAAUGACCUCUUUUUCUUAAUGAAAACUUUUUGUCAUUUAACAUUGUAAGAUAAAAAAAACUAAGUGUUCAAGUGUUGUUUUUUUUAUAAGAGCAAAAAAUAAAUGUGAAUGGAUACAUCAUUUGAAAAUGUUGAUCAUUACAAUAGAAAACACAUGAAAGCACUCUAGCUAUUUUCCUGUUUAGAUUCUAGCUUCCUGACUGAUACAGGUGUCAACAUUUGUAUAAGGCUGGCUAUAAGUGAAAGUAAAUUUUAUAUAUCUAUAUACAAGUAGUAAAAAAGUGAAGUACCCCUUUCAGACUUUGCAAUAUAUAUAUAUAUAUAUAUAUAUAUAUAUAUAUAUAUAUAUAUAUAUAUAUAUAUAUAAAUAGUUAUUACCUUUUUAUGUAUUUUAUUGCAUAAUUCAACAUUUUCUGUCAUGAAAAAAAUGUAUUUAAUAUGUAUGUAUAAAUAAAACAAAUUUUUAUCUUUUACAUCCAAAUUUAUGGACAACUCAUUUUGUGUGACUCGUUACUCUUGACACGUAUCUUGUGAAUGGACUCAUUCGGGUGCUUGCUGAUUGGAAAGUUUGUUGGUCUAUGAAUGUAUUCAAAUGCUUCAAAUAUCUCUAGGCGGUGGCCUUUCUCACCUUGUUUUCUCUUUAAGUUGGGUUGAUGUCCAUUUGUCAGGAGAUUGUUAAAUUUGUUUCAUACUUUGAGUAAAAAUAAGUUUCUGCAAUGGUCUUUGGUGUAAUUGGAAAGGCUGAGAUCUUUUGCAGUGGUUACUCUUUCGUUGUCUUUUAACCUCUUGGACACUUUUUUUUUACAACCUUUACAUUUUCUAUUCUAGAGAUUGAUUUGCCUGUAAACUAGUUGCUUUUCAAUUAUUUGUGCAUAGCCCAAUUGAACCUACUGUAACAAUGAAAGUAGUUGAAAAAUUUAAACAUUAAAUCAUUAGUCUCUCUAAUGAGGUUUUUUUUUAUGUUUUUAAACCUAGCACUUUUAUCUGGGAUUCUUUAAGAUAAAUGCAGUAUCUGAUGUAAAAAAAAAAAUUUAAUUUGGUUUCGUCUCUAAGGAACUAACUUUUUUUUUUCCUUUUUUAAUGACUGCUGUUACUUAGAAAUUCAAGCUUGUUUGAUUGUCUUGUAUCAGAAGAGCCAAAAGUCUCAUUUGUGGUGGUGCUUAGAUAUGAAAAGAAAAUAAACCUAAUUUCAUGUUUGUAUUCUUAUUAAUUAAUGAAGUUCAUGUGGGUCAAAUCAGUGUGCACUUGUUCUGAGUUGUUGUUUUUGUUCUAAAAUGGUCUGAAUAAUUUUAUAUUUUUGUCUCCUGACACCAUUGUAGUCCCUGUGUUGUUUUCUCUUGCAUGAUUGUGUGUAGAUGAACAGAAACUUGGAAUGCAAGUGUGUGGAAUGAUACUAAAUCAUUUUGUUUUUCAUUGGUUAUUUUAUCAAUCAAUGCAGUUGUUUUUUUCUUCUUCUGGUAAUUAAGUUUCCUUGUAUGAAAAGCUAGUUUCUACAUGCUAUGAAUCAAACGGAUUAUCUUAGGGAGUCAACUUGUGGGGUUAAAAAAACAACAUUCUUUUGACAUCUUGCUCUCAUUGUUUACAGUCUUUCAGAUCAUCUUCAUUUCAAAUAGAUUGUUGUUCUAGCUCACUGAUGCACAACCUUUGAAAUAUCCAACAUGGGUAUAUCCCAAGCCUCCAUCACUAGCAAAAAAAAAAAAUAUUUUCAAGUUCGAUGGAACAGAGUCUACUGCUGUUACAUUCUGCACUUUGUCAGAAGUUUCAAGGGGCAGUUAUGGUCCGCUGGCGUAGUUUGGGCAGCACUUGCAGUCGCCGUUACAUUGUUGUUGUUUUUUUUUCAUUUGUUUUUUUUUGUCUCUUUGCAUGACAGUUAGAGAUUGCAUGCAUUUUAUGUGUUUGUUAAAUGAAAUGCAAAAAUAAGUAAUCAAAUAGAAAUACUUUAAAAUCUGUUUGAGUGAACUGACUGAAAGCAAACUAUUCUGUGUAUUAUAUAUUGUAAGAUUAGUGGCUACUACACUUCUGACACCAUUGGGGAAUGAAGUCUUAAUAUAAUUCUUAUUAUUAUUGAUAUGUGUAUGUCUGUCAUACAUUUAUUGGAAGUACCGGUAUAGGAUAUGAACCUGAAUAUGUAUAAUUAGUCAGCAUAUGUAAUUGGUCAAUCAAAGGUCACUUUACUCUAAAUAGUAGGUUCAGUAAGCAAUGACAUAAUAAACUUCAUAAUAUCACAAUUCUCAAGUUGAUGGAAAGUCUUUAACAUGGGCCACGUUUUUGACAGCUUGGUGCUAGUGGAUUUCUCAUCUAAAACUUCCCAUCAUUUUGUUUCUGUUGCAUCACUUGUCAAAAUAUUUUUUCAUAGAAAAUUCUUUCAAGCUAAUAUUGUACAAGUCAAAUCUUAUGUUGUUGUUUUUUUUUCAUUAAUUGAUUGAUUUUUGUAUCCUGCUAGUUUAAAAUUAUAAUUGAUCUUUUAUUGAUUUAACAUUGUUUGUCUGUUUGUUUGUCAGUUGUAUCUAGUGCUUGGUUGUACUAGCCUUUGUGUAGGCAUGUGCUCAGUUUGUCUCUAGUGUGACUAUUUGCUUGGGCUGACUGAAGACUGUAAACUUUGGCGAGGCCACUUCCUGUACGUGUGCGCAGCAGAGAAUAUUUCCAUGAGAGAAAAAGGAACGAAAAAUAUUUCACCUAUUUAUUAAUAUAUGUUGUUACCGAUGAUGUUCCACAAGACUCCCUUCCCGGUUCACUUCACAUCCGGUUCCUGAUACAUCAAUGUCUUAACCGGUUUCUCGUAAAUAUUUUCAUCUUUUUUUUUUCAAAUGAUGUGACCAACAAGUCAAAAGAAAAGAAGAAGAAAUAGUGAAUACACAAUAAAAGAAGAACAGAAAUAUUAUUUAUAGUUUCUUUUUUUUUUUUUUUUAAAUUUAUUUAUUAAUAAAUCUAGAAAUGGCGGCAAAAAAACUAAUAAUUAAAAGUGAUGAUAAUAUUGAGACUUCUUGAUUACCACAAUGCGAGACAUAUCUUUUGAUGAUUCUGGGGAGUAAAGAGUUAGGAUUGCGCAAAUGGUUAAAAGCCAUAGCAAUUUAUCAUUUUCCUGUGAUUUUUGUAAAAACAAAAAAAAACUGCCAAAAAAAGGAGGAAUUUAAUACUGUACAAUUGAAAAAUUUCGAAACUUUUGUCUAGUGACUUUGAGUCUGAUAUUUCAUUGUAAAAGAUUCUCGCUGUUUGCAAAUUCUAUAUUUUAAAUACAUUUUUAUCAAUGUUUCAAAAAAAAUAAAUAUUUUGUUUUAGCAUAAAUUUUAUUAUUUUCAUUGUAAUAUUGUAUUCAAAUUUUUUUUUCAUUGUUUUUAUUUAAUGUCUUUUUAAAAAAAAUCUAGUUUGAUUUCAAUGGUGGUUCAUUAUAUUUAUUCUUAUAUGAUUAUGUGGAUGUGUUGUCAAGUGACUCGGACAAUUGAUGUGUGAUUGUAGGAUUGUCGAUGAUUUUUUGUUUUGUUUUGUUUUGAAUAAAUAAAUAAUUGUUCCAUUUACUUAA